UAAAGAUUCAUACAAAUAAAGUUUUAGAAAUGGAUGAACCAUAUAAUCCAGAUGCACCUUAUGCACCUGUGAAUGAGGCGGAUAUAAAGCAGGAACCUGUAAUUCAACAACCAGAGCAGAUAUUUACUCAUCCUCAGCCAGCCCAUCAGCCACCUCAACCUCGUGUCUCUAGUGCUACUCCUUUAAUGAAUCCAGAUAGAAGGGAGUAUAAUCCACAUGAUAGACCUCUUGUGCCUGAACAAAAUCCAAUGGCUAAGAAAAUCUGGGAGGGUUAUGAAUGGGGGAUCCUAAUCCUGGCACUGGUUAACCUGGUUGCUGGAUAUCUCUCCUACUCCUCAGUUUCAGGCUUCAGCUCAUCAAUGAUAGAUUUCAAGGCAAAUUGGGAUUUACAACCAAUCGUUGACAUCAAGACAGCUCUAAAUGGAUGUCCCCCAGGAUAUGAAGACCUGAUCAAUGAAGAGUGGCCGGGAACUAUAGAGGGCUGUGAUUGUAGAAGAGCUUGGGGAGUUUAUAAAGAUCUUUAUAGUAGCUCAUGCACUUAUAACCAAACAAGAGAUGAUUGCAGAACAGUCCCAAGACUUUCUCCAAUGCCUAUUAAGAAGUUCUACUCAUACAGAAUCUGUGGAAAAAGGCAAGGAGAACCAUUUUAUAUGUCUGAAUCUCCAUACACUAAGUUUGCUUCCACUGAAUGUCCUCAAGGAUACAAGAUAUGUGGAGGAGAUGAUCCAGAUACUCAAACUUGUGUGAGGGAAAACCACCAGUGUCCCAUAAAUGACGUGAUAAUUACUGACUCUUCUCUAGAUGUGCCAAGUGGGUACAAAAGUAUCCAGCUGGAUUCAGGGAUGAUUUUAGCAUUUACUAAUUCAUCAACACAUCGAACAAACUCUAUUAAAUCUGCUGGACUUCCUAUAGUGAGAUUCAAGUUAGUAGAAGGACAAGUGUGUGCAGAACCAAGCCAAGAAGCAACUACAGAAGGAAGGUUUCUCUAUCAACUUCUUAACAAAUAUUCAUACGCUUGCUGGACUGAGGUAGCUGGAUCGAAGACAGAUCCAAGAUAUAAGAAGGUGGCUAGCAUCAAAGAAAAUAGACUCUAUGAGGAUAAUGGGAUCAGCUAUGUGACAGUAAAUUUGCCAAUGUACGAUCGUAGUAAAGAGUUCAUUUACGAUUGGAAUUUGUACUCUCAAACAUAUAUAACAUGGAGCCCUGGUUGCGACUCCAAUGAUAAAAUUAACAAGGAGCAUAUUCUAGAACAAGCAGUAGGAUCUGUGGGAGUUGCUUCCUCUCUCUUCACUACAUUCAUUAUUUCAAUCGUCUUCUUUAUCGUAUCAGUCAUAUUUGUUUGCACCCAUGAGUGUAGAAAAAGUGAAGCUGAUGGAUAUGAAGUGAAGAAGCAUACAAACGUUGAGCUGCUCUGUGUGAGCGUUAAGAUCGUAUUCGCUUCAAUAAUUAUCUGGUUGUGCUACAAAAGCAUUUCAGUGAUUAACUCCUACACUUCAAGCGUAGGUCAAAUAGGGAAAUCAAAAUGUUCAGACAACUAUACUAAUGAGAUUUUCUUGAGCUUUAGCAAGGCUUUGGUAAGUUAACCACUUUGGAUAUCUUCUGACAAUCUUUAGUAUUCAUCUAUUGAUGAGGUCUACUUCUCUAUCGGAAUAUCAGCCACUAUAUUGGUAGUCUGUACCUUCUUCACAAUCAUGCUUCUUUCUGGAAAAUUGAUAAAAGAAGAUUCACAUAAAUAUAUGCACCAUAACUCUAAAAAGAAUCAAUAAUAGAAAUCAUGUGAGAUUAAUCAGAUCAAAUUCAAACUUUCAAC